UAUAAAACCUUGUCAUUGCAAUAAUAUGACGUUACUUUCAUCCCGACGCAAACGAGAAAUACAACUCCAUACAGUGAGAAGUAGUGGACGUUUACCUAUUUACUUGGGUGUAUACCCAUAUAACAAAAAUGUCUAGACUCUGUUAUUUGUUGUUAAUAUGGGCGAUAUGUGAGGGAGUGUUUGCUAAAGAAGAGAAACAUAACGGAUUUGUCCAACCUUUGGAUUUCGGUCCCAUUUUCGGAGAUGGAGAGUUUGGAGUAGCCGCGUUGGCUUCAAGUCCAAUUGCCGCAGCAAUGCUUAAAGUAGAUAAGAGUCAAUACCCACAAUUAUUUGACACUAUUGUCAGUAGUUCUAUAGAUUCAUUGCAAAGAAGUAUAGCACCUAAAGAAAAUAUUUUCUCCUCUGAACACUUCGGGUUUAAUCCGAUACCAAGUCAAGGCUUUCAUCCUCCCGGGCAAGCAGCCAGGCUUGUCCAACCACCACCGCAACAGCACCAGCAACACCAAUCGUACACUCACUUGCCGAUCCGCCAGCAAAUUUCCAGUCCCUUACGAUAUGAUAUCAGGCAAAUACACGAUGCUGACUAUAAAGUGUACAAGCCUGAAGAAGAAAACGAACAAGGGGAAGAUAUACUUUCUGCCUUGAAACAAAACCCUAGUGUGUCUUCGUAUUUUAAACCCGCCGUAACGAAUUUAGAGGUGGCUCACCCAUUGAAAUAUCGUAGAGAAGAAUUGGAUGAAAAUAGUGAAAUUGAUCAAUACAAUUACAAGCCUAAUGCUUACGUUACAGGACCAGCUCGUAUUCGUCGAUAUGCAAGAGGACGAAGCGAGAGAUUAAGCAAAAGUAGUGAGGACGAUGAUGACUCUUAUGACUACAAAGACUACCGUUUCAGGCCCAAGGCUUUUGAUAGCGACUUCUACAGCGCCAGUUAUAAGGAACGUAAAGAUCCCAACAAAGAUUAUGAAUAUCCAUUUGGUAGCGGAUACGAUUCCGGUUACGACCACAAGGAGUAUGAAAGGAUAAAAUCUCUUUCAGAAAAGCAGGCCGCUGAAAUCAAACAAAAUCCAGGAAAUUGCAAAGAAGUGCUGAGAGAUGGAAUGACCUGCAUGACCUGCAAGGACCCUAAAACAGGCGGUAAUUAUGAAUCUUGUUCUUAUGUAGCCGAGCCUAAGAACAAUAAAUAUGCGUACUCCAAAGAAAAGAAAUUUGACAGCAAUGAUGAACCCGAUGAACCUGAACAACAAGGCGAGCAACCGAAAAAAUCCGAAAAAUACCACGAAGCUAAAGACGAUGCCGGUGAGUACUCCUCUCCUUCAGAGUCAGAUAAAACUCAUAGUGACUAUAAAAAAGGAGACGUAGAAUCUGAUGAUAAAUAUAAAACCUAUUAUGCACCUAAAUCAGCACCAAGCGAAGCUUUGCGAAGCGAGUCGUCAGAAAGCGACAGUUCUGAAGAAAAGUCAGAUUCGCUUACCAAACCUUACAACUACAAACAGGCUUUGCCUGGGUUCUACAGUAACACUGAACCUAAAAAAGAUGUAGAGCAUGUUUUAGCAGAAUUUAAAAAAAAGGAUAGAUCCGCUUGUAAAAAAGUGCAAAAGAACGGCAUGACCUGCUUCCAGUGCAUUGAUAACAACGGUUUGAAAAAUGAAGAGUGUAUGUUUGUGUCUGAAUCAGCCCCGAAACGCAGCCACUUAGCUUAUCAAGAAGUUAAAGAAUUCACGUCCAAACCACCGAGCAUAGACGCAGGACACGAAGGAGCCGAGAGUCGAACUGUAAGCACGAGCGCACCACCUGCAUUCAAGCCUGCCGCAUUGGUUGUGUCUAACCCCGGCUACGGCAAAAAACUGAAACGCAAGAAAGCUCGUCAGCCAAAAAAGCAAGUCACAGCAGCCACUAGCACUGUGUCGACGGCAGUACCGGCUACUCAAUCGCCAGUGAAAUCAAAAAUCAAGAGAAGCGUUGACUCUGAGGCUGAAUCUCAAGCAGACAUUGUAGACGAAACCAAUGUAGCACCUCCUGAAGAAUUUGCAGGAUCUAAUUCUAACGGUGCUUUUUGGGCCGAGACUAGGCCGCGUUAUAGCGCAGCUUUGGGCGUAACUCUACCUGAAUUCAUGCUAGCGAGGUCGGAACACGAAGCUUCCUUCGACGAGAUGGUGGCGGGCGCGUAAGAUAGUUGUAGCUGGUGAUAUUAGCCAACACAAACAGUGUUAGUAGAGCGUGUCCGUUGUACAACACCGUUUAGAUAAAAGCCUGAUCAAAAGUUAACGGUUUGUAAAAAAGUAUCCGUUGCGUAACAAAAUGAGAUUUCACAGUUUGUCGCGCUAUAAAUCAGACUCUAAAAGUUUCUAAACAAGUCAAUAGUAAAAAACAAUAGAAAUCUGCCUUGAACGAUUUAACAAAAAGUUGUCUGUUGAAGUUUUUAGAAUUAUUCAGCUCUUGCCAAAAAUGGAUUUAAUUGAUACAGAUUCUGAACGAGGACUG